ACAGACAAGCUGCCUGUCAGAAAGAGUUCCCACCCCGGUUCCCGGAGCCAUCCCCGGCACAUCCUCUCAGGAGCUGCAGAAUGUGUGAGUGUUCUUUGUGUCUCCCCCUGCAGGCAAACAGCACUUGUGUAUCUAUGAUAAUUAUGUUGUGAUUUUAUUUUCAGUCACCCCUCUAGCAUGUUGUUAGGAAGGAUAAAUAAAAUGGAAAAUAAUGAGUCUUCCCAUCAAUCUUUCCUUCUGCUGUCUGUUCACACAGAGUGGUUUGGGAGGAGACUUUGCUGGACAACCUGCUGAACUUCGCUGCCACACCGAAAGGCCUGCUGCUCCUCCAGCAGACUGGAGCCAUCAAUGAGUGUGUCACCUACAUGUUCUCCAGGUUCACCAAGAAACUACAGGUAUGGAGAGAAAACACCAUGGUAGGGAUGAAUAGGCAAAAUUGAGUCCACUACUCUACUUAGUAUUUAUAAUGUCCAGCUAUAUAUACAUAUGCUGGUACUCCUACACUGGAUUUGAUUUAUUCAUUUCUCUUUACAUACCCUUACUGCCCAAUGUAUGCAUCAUAUACUGCUAACGUGGGAACAAUUCCCUGCUGCUUUAAUAGACUAGAAUUGUUUACAUGCUCUUCUUAAUUAACUUCCUUGUUUUGCAUACAUUUUGCUCCAGAUUGUAAUUAAGCUAAUCUAUUUUUAAUUCACACCAUUGUUUUGUAAUUAGUUAAGGAUCUUUACGCUUGAAAUCACUUUGUAUUUACAUUUAUAAAUGUUUUAAAUCUUCCAUUUCAGAUUUUAGUCCUAUUUGUAGUUAAUGCCCAUUACUUUGAUUCAUCCACAAUAUUGGUGAAAAUGUGCUUGGAAUCUGAGGCUUAAUAACUCUGUAGGUCUUUCAUGCAUUUUCCACUUAUUGUUUUACUUUCAUCUUUAUUUUCGAUCAAUUGUUUGAGCUAGUGAUUUACAUAAAAUCAAUUAACAGAAAUGCAGUGUAUUUAUACACCUGAGUGCCAUUUCGAUAUCCCAGUGGAUAGAAUAAUGCCUCUGGCCUAACUAAUGUGUUCCCAUUUUCAGAAUAAACAAAUAUUCUUCACACAAAGACACACACACGUACACUUUUUGAUUAUGCAAGAUAGAAAAUCGCUUUUGGCUAAUAGCAAUCAUGGGCUAUUUUGAAUCUGUGAAAACACUUUCCUCCAGGUCAGCCGAUGUGAGAAGUUUGGCUACGGUGUGAUGGUGACACAGGUAGCAGCAACAGCCCCUGGUGUGGUGGCUUUACACAGUUCUGGUACGGUAUUACUACUAGUAAAACAGAGCAUAUUGUUAUUAUACAGCGUCAACACAUGAGUUACCCCUCAGUAUGUCCUGGCAGGUUUUGUGCAGGCCUUAGUGGUGGAGAUAUGGUCGGUCCUGGAGUGUGGGAGAGAGGAUGUGAGGGUCGUUCACCCCAAGUCCACUCCCAUGGACCCCAUUGACAGGAGCUGUCUGAAGGUAAAUUAUUUUCUCAGAUCUUUACAGUGCCGUGUGCUUUAACGUCCAUGGUUUCCUCAUGGAGCCUCCUGAGGACAAUCAGCAAGACAACCCAGCCUUGGCAUUCACAGCCUUUCUUGGUCAUCAGGUCAAAGAGAGUACUUACUACAGAGAGUGCUCAUGAACAGGAUGGAUGGCUGAUGUCAGUGAGCAGUGCUCUGAUUGACAUUAGUGUUAUGACUAUGGUCCCUGUUCUGUUAGCUCUAUACUGUGGGUGGGUUAAAGGCUGAAUGGUAGGUCUAUACUAUAUUCAGACAGGAUAGGAACCAGCACAGUAGAAGACCUGCAAGAAUGACAGUAAUGUUUUUUUUUUGGUGCCAUUUAUCCCCUAAAUUAAAUAACAGUAUCUGACAGGUAAUAGCCUAGGUCUUGUUUUCUGAUGUUUUAUUUCAAUACGGUCCUUUAUACUCUACAGGAAGUAAUCUACUCAGGUAUUCACAGUUGGUGUUUAUCAGUUUGAGAUUAUCUAUCAAUAUGUCAGUCCUCUGAUACGCCUCAGCAGUACACACUGUCUGGAGCACAUUUGAAUGUAAUUGUCAUCCUUUUUAUCCUUUUUUAUUGAAAUGCAGAAUAGAUCUCUAGAUACUUAUAAUAUGCCAAGUUCCUUUUUCAGCAAAAAAAAAAAGCUGUUUGAAUAGAUAAAUGUAGGAAAGAAACAAAACAAUUGCUGCACCCCAACCUUGUCAUAAACCCAAACUCAUUUAAUUUUGACCUUAGUUUUUCUGAAUAAUCAAAUGAUGUUUGACUGUUUUGCCCCCACCCCUCUUUCCCCCCAGUCGUUCCUGUCCUUGGUUAACCUGCUCUCCUCCCCCCAUGCUGUGUGGGAGCUCCUGGGACAGCAGUCUCUGCCCAACAAGGCUGAGUACAACCUAAGGGAGAUGCCCACAUCCAUUACAGUGAGUCCUGACCCCAACACUGACCCUCACACCCUACCAGGAGAAUGCUCGACUUGACACUUGUAUCUGGCUCCUAUGUUGGAUACGGUUUAACAUCAGUUUGUUCGGAUUAUGCUACCCAUAAAUAAAAUGUAUUGUUUAAAAUAUGUGAAAAUGUGAAAUCAAAGAAUGUUUAGAUUAUGCAGACAAUGUAAAAGAUAAGGUAGUACCAAAGAUGGUGGAUAAAUGAAGAUAGUGCACGCGGUCCGUUUACCAUUGGAAAACAAUGGUCAGUUCCGGUCUGCUUAACGGGGUGGUUCUCUCAUAGACACCAAUGCAAUAGCAGCUGGGUCUGGUCUGCUUAGUCCAUUGACUGUAAUGUAACCAGAAAAAAUGAGGGAAUGGGGUGUGUCGCUUCCUCUUCCGUCUCUGAUAGGACUUUUAAAUGUGGUUGCAGUUCCAGGUUUUGCCGUAGGAGGGCACACUUACACUGGUUGUGUGCAAACGGGGCUAUUGUAACAUAGUCCGACGUGUGCUUCUACAGACAUCAAUAACUAGUGCACAUUAUCAGGAUGUAGGUAGAAAUGUAAUUAUCUACCUUUCACAUCAUCACAAUCUUUCCAUCAUUUUCACUCUGUUUUGUACCUCUUUGCCACAGGAUUUGAUUGAUAGGCUGAUUGCUGUGAACUCAGAUGUGAAAAUUCAUUCACUGUUCAACUACGAGCAGUCUCACACGUUUGGCCUGAGGUAAGAUCAAUACUGUUCUCCGAUCUUUCUUUCAGAAUCAAUGGGGAACGGGAGAACAAAGGCACAGCAGUACAUGCAUUGUGUGGUUUACCAUCUGAUUAAAUCAAAUCAAAUGUUAUUUGCCACAUGCGCCGAAUACAACAGGUGUAGACAUUACAGUGAAAUGCUUACUUACAAGCCCUUAACCAACAAUGCAGUUUUUUAAAGAAAAAUGUAAAAUAAAGUCUUAAUUAAGAAAAAAGAAAAGCAAAUAGCUAAAGAGCAGCAGUAAAAUAAAAUAGCAGUAGGGAGGCUAUAUACAGGGGGGUACCGGUACGGAGUCAAUGUGCGGGGGCACCGGCUAGUCGAGGUAAUAGACGUCAUACAGUAUGUACAUGUGGGUAGAGUUAAGGAAGUCCAGGAUCCAGUUGCAGAGGGAGGUGUUUAGUCCCAGGAUCCUUAGCUUAGUGAUGAGCUUUGAGGGCACUAUGGUGUUGAACGCUGAGCUGUAGUCAAUGAAUAGCAUUCUCAUGUAGGUGUUCCUCUUGUCCAGGUGGGAAAGGGCAGUGUGGAGUGCAAUAGAGAUUGCAUAAUCUGUGGAUCUGUUGGGGCGGUAUGCAAAUUGGAGUGGGUCUAGGGUUUCUGGGAUAAUGGUGUUGAUGUGAGCCAUGACCAGCCUUUCAAAUCACUUCAUGGCUACAGACGUGAGUGCUACGGGUCGGUAGUCAUUUAGGCAGGUUAUCUUAGUGUCCUUGGGCACAGGGACUAUGGUGGUCUGCUUGAAACAUGUUGGUAUUACAGACUCAGUCAGGUACAUGUUGAAAAUGUCAGUGAAGACACUUGCCAGUUGGUCAGCACAUGCUCGGAGUACACGUCCUGGUAAUCCGUCUGGCCCUGCGGCCUUGUGAAUGUUGACCUGCUUAAAAGUCUUGUGUUGUGUCACCGACUGAUCAAUAUGAGAUUGACUCUUUGCUUUAUGCUAUUUUUAUCGAUUGCCUGAGUAAUUCCACUGUAUAAAAAUAGCUUUUCUCAGAAUUGACUCAUGGAUGUUUUCUUAGUUGAAUUAAGGCUGUGUUACUGAGUCACUCUUUUAGACACAGAGAAAACAAAUUAAUAUAACACUAAAGCAUUUGCUACUCCAUGGCUGUUAAAGCUAUCUCAAAGGAUAUUCUUAUUUUUGAUGAUUCAUUUUCUUGUUCUAAUCAUAAUUUGAUGUGAAUAUUUUAUUUUGAUUAUAUUGCUAACAUAUUUUGGGAACUCUCCGGAAAUUAAUCUUCCAUCAACCUAGUGAUGUAUAUAGAUUGGAAAGGGCAAUGUAUUCCACACCGACUCCAAACAAACACCAGGUUGCCUCAGUGUUAACAUGGCUGGCUGGUGAUUUCACUUUUACAUACUUCUAGUGGUUAUAGACAUGUCACUGGAUGACCUCUGCCUCACUCUCUGUCUCUCUGGGGAGAGGUCAUCAUUACUGAGCCACUGUCCCUCCUCACGUCCUCAUUUCACCCAACAACUGUCACAGCCAUCUGUGUGUCGCUGGAGUGGCUGGUAGGAUAUCACAGGGAGAAGGACUAGUCAGAGUGAUGUGUACGGUGUCCAUAUUAGGACAGUCUAGACCUGUCUUGUCUCUGACGCCACAGCACAGUGUAAAUGUAGCAGCUGCUGUGUGUUUAUGGGUGAGUAAACCAGUUUCCUAGUGGAGGAUAAAUAAUUCACAGCACUGUGAGUACGGGCCACCUGGUAACCAUUUCUCAAUGCUGGGGGGCUAUAUUUCUUCUCUGGCAUGGAAGUAGCCCUUGGAAAUGAGGAAAGUAUUUUUUGUUCCACUUCCAAGCUGCCUUACUCAUGCUUGACUGGGUGUUAGCUCACUCACUGUUUGUUAGGGUUUCUCCACACUAAUGUCCUUGGAACUGAACACAACAUCUACAUCUUGAAAAUAACUGUAGAUAUAGGCUGGAUGUUGAUCUGCAUGAUAAACAAUGAAGGAUGAGGUGGAAAAUGGACUGCCUUCAGAACUCACAAACCCAUUCUGUCUUCCAGUGGACGUCAAACUGAAUGACUGAAGGUGCCCAUCACACUGGGGGCGUGAUGACAGUUCACAGCAUCACAGGAAUUAAUAAUCUUGCUUUGACAGAAUGCUCCAUCACAGCAACAACUCACACCUCUCCUUGCUUAACCAGAUCACAUCUCCAUCUCUUUGUACAGCAACUCAAAGGGCUGUCUCUAGAUUGUUCUCUAACAAACACCUUAUUGUUUUUUUAAACCAUCGCCCCUGAACUUUUGACUAAUUUAGACUAUUUCCUCUCUGCUGUUUUUAAUGUUCUGUACUUGUUUUCUGCCAGAGGGACACAAUGGUUUUGAAGUCAAAGUGAAUCCUUAGCGAUGGCCGCCCCAGUCAGAAGGAGGGCAAGUCAGUGUUGGUGUCUCAGGGAGCGUGGCGGAAACUGCAGAUGAAAGAGCCUGAGAUACACUCUUUUAGGAGAGCCCCACUCAGCUCCACCAAAUAUGCAAAAUGGAUCAAUUAGGAGACUCUUGUUUUUGAGGAGGAAGGCUUCCUGUUGACAAAACGCUGUGGCUGUGUAAUUUGCUUGAACGGUUUUAUUCAGUGUUCAUUUCACAAGUGUCUCAGCAGCACGUUGGCCCCCUUUUUUCAUGCUUAAAAUAAUGAUAAUGAAUUGCCCUCACGCUGCACUCCUUAUCAGAGCCUCUAAUGGUAUUAACAAAGAUGGAGCUCCUCACUCCCUGAAUGCAGAACAAGCUUUUAUAAUGUUUACUGCCUCCUGGCUGGCUUCUACAGAAUCUUUCACUUGUAGUUAAUGAUUUGACUGGUGGGAUUAUUUCUGCUCAAGGACUUUUUUCCUGUUUACAAGAACUUGCUUUCCUGCAGUUUGUUGUCUGUGUUGAAACAAUUAUAUCUAGAAUUGCUCCAAGGGUCCCAAGAUUGCUUUGGUCUUGAGUUAAAGAGCAGGCUGCAAUGGAAGACACAUUUUGGUUGAGUACAGCUUCAGUAUGUUGUGUUGCUGUCCAAACCCUGUUCAAUAGGCUUGUGUUACUGCACAGUAAAGGGACCAGGCUGAUAUGAACAGACUGCUAGGUAGGAAAUCCCUUUAUUAUUAGCCAUUAGAGAGGGACAUCUCUGUCACUUAACAAUAACGCCCAGGGUUUUCAUAUUUUACUGCUCACUUCCACCUGCCUGUUUUAUGUCACAGUUAUGUUCUCCACAGAUACACAAUGUCCCCGUCACAUCGCUCCUGCAUCCGCUUUCAUGAUUUAUUACUCUCAACUGUUGCGUUAAUGUUGAAAUCUAUUUCCACAAUUCAGUUAGGGAUUCUUUCUCCCUAUUAUGCAAAGCACUCUGGCUUGGCCCUCUGUGGAGUCUGUUGAUAUACAAGGCAAUAAGGCAGGCUAGCAGAAACAAAUUAUAGCUUUUAUAAGACCUGGAAAAAAGUCAACAUGCUGUCCAUUGUAGGUCUGUAGGCAUUAGGCAGCUAGACCCAAUGGGUUUUCAGAGCAAGCACUCUAAAUCAAAUAGUUGAGUCAUUUUAUAAUGAUUAAUUCUGUUCGAUCUGUAAUUGUAUGUCAUUGAGAAGAAAAAUGUGUUUAUCUAUGUAUUUUUGGGUACUUUCAGAUUACUUAGUGUGAUGUGCUGCAACCUAGACUCCCUCCUUCUUCUGGAGUCACAGUACAACAUUUCCGACAUGUUGCUGCAAUGUCAGAAGGACAACAUCACUGAUUCAUCGUCUGGUGAAGGGUACUUGAAAAGGUUUUUGUUUUCCUGUGCCUCAUAAUGUUAUGACAGGCUUUGGUUCCACCGUUAGAGGUUAAUCACAACAAAAUAAGAAAUGGAUCAUUUGCCUUGUCAUGGUAAAAUGAAAUAAAGCGUAAACAAAAGGCAAUUUCCAAAAGUGUGUUUUGAAUGCCUCCUUAAUGGAUAUUGCGACUGGUCAUGAAUUGAAACACUCCAUAUUGUCCGGUCACAAAAUAAAUAUAUCUGCACGCACGCCAGUUUUAUUUGUGAAGUGGAGAUUUCUCCUCCCAUCUUUUCUCCCCCCUCUCCUCUCUCAGAGAUUUCAUCAUUGAUGGUCUAUCUGUAGAGAGGAACCACAUCCUGGUGCGUAUGAGUGUGAUUGGAGGACCAUCGGAGAGGAGACUUCCCCCUAGGGCCCUCCAGAAGGUCAGUGCUCUUCUACUCACACCCCUUGGCCUUACAUCAAGUAGAGGAAGUCCUGAUGACUGAAGGAAUGGUUUUCCAGAACUGUGUGUUACACUUAAUGCUAUGAUCUGCAUACAAAAGGUUCAUCAUGGUAACCUGUUCCAGGGAUGUUGUGAUAUUCCGUGACACAGAAACUAUUGACCUGGAAAGACAUGCUUUCAAUACCACCAUGUCUUUAAUGAAUGUAAAUAGCACAGACAAGAUGAUAAGGAUGAGCAAACAAAACUCCAUUAACAUUUAGAGUACACUGCAUCUGAAAAGUAAACCAGAAUUGUUCAUAUGUGAUGAUUUACAGUACCAGUCAAAAGUUUGGACACUCCUAAUCAUUCAAGGGUUUUUCUUUAUUUUUACUAUUUUCUACAUUGUAAAAUAAUAGUGAAGACAUCAAAACUAGGAAAUAACACAUAUGGAAUCAUGUAGUAACCAAAAAAGUGUUAAAAGAAACAAAAUAUAUUUUAUAUUUGAGAUUCUUCAAAGUAGCCACCCUUUACCUUGAUGACAGCUUUGCACACGCUUGGCAUUCUCUCAACCAGCUUCAUGAGAUAGUCACCUGGAAUGCUUUUCCAACAGUCUUGAAGGAUUUCACACAUAUGCUGAGCACUUGUUGGCUGCUUUUCCAACUCAUCCCAAACUAUCUCAAUUUGGUUGAGGUCGGGUGAUUGUGGAUGCCAGGUCAUCUGAUGCAGCACUCCAUCACUCUCCUUCUUGGUAAAGUAGCCCCUAUACAGCCUGGAGGUGUGUUUUGGGUCAUUGUCCUGUUGAAAAUCAAAUGAUAGUCCCACUAAGCGCAAACCAGAUUGGAUGGCGAAUCUCUGCAGAACGCUGUGGUAGCCAUGCUGGUUAAGUGUGUCUUGAAUUCUAAAUAAAUCACUGACAGUGUCACCAACAAAGCACCUCCACACCAUCACACCUCCUCCUCCAUGCUUCACGGUGGGAACCACACAUGCGGAGAUCAUCCGUUCACCUACUCUGCGUCUCACAAAGACACAGUGGUUGGAACCAAAAAUCUCAAAUUUGGACUCAUCAGACCAAAGGACAAAUUUCCACCAGUCUAAUGUCCAUUGCUCAUGUUUCUUGGCCCAAGCAAGUCUCUUCUUCUCAUUGGUGUCCUUUAGUAGUGGUUUCUUUGCAGCAAUUCGACCAUGAAGGCCGGAUUCACACAUUCUCCUCGGAACAGUUGAUGUUGAGAUGUGUCUGUGACUUUGAACUCUGUGAAGCAUUUAUUUGGGCUGCAAUCUGAGGUGCAGUUAAUUGCCGAUUUCUGAGGCUGGUAACUCUAAUGAACUUAUCCAAUGCAGCAGAGGUUACUCCGGGUCUUCCUUUCCUGUGGCGGUCCUCAUGACAGCCAGUUUCAUCAUAGCGCUUAAUGGUUUUUGCGACUGCACUUGAAGAAACUUUCAAAGUUUUUGAAAUUUUCCGGAUUGGCUGACCUUCAUGUCUAGGGGCGGCAGGUAGCUUAGUGGUUAAGAGCGUUGUGCCAGUAACCGAAAACGGCAGGUAGCUUAGUGGUUAAGAGCAUUGUGCCAGUAACCGAAAGGUCGCUGGUUCUAAUCCCCUAGCCGACUAGGUGAAAAAUCUGUCUAUGCCCUUGAGCAAGGCACUUAACCCUAAUUGCUCCUGUAAGUCGCUCUGGAUAAGAGCGUCUGCUAAAUGACUUAUUAUUAUUAUUAUUAUUAAAGUAAUGAUGGACUAUGUUUCUCUUUGCUUAUUUGAGCUGUUCUUGCCAUAAUAUGGACUUGGUCUUUUACCAAAUAGGGCUAUCUUCUGUAUACCAGCCCUACCUUGUCACAACACAACUGAUUGGCUCAAACGCAUUAAGAAGGAAAGAAAUUCCACAAAUUAACUUUUAAGAAGGCACACCUGUUAAUUGAAAUGCAUUCCAGGUGACUACCUCAUGAAGCUGGUUGAGAGAAUGCCAAGUGUGCAAAGCUGUCAUCAAGGCAAAGGGUGGCUAUUUUGAAGAAUCUCAAAUAUAAAAUAUAUUUUGUUUCUUUUAACACUUUUUUGGUUACUACAUGAUUCCAUAUGUGUUAUUUCCUAGUUUUGAUGUCUUCACUAUUAUUCUACAAUGUAGAAAUUAGUUAAAAAAUGAAAAAUCAUUGAAUGAGUAGGUGUGUCCAAACUUUUGACUGGUACUGUAUAUUCUAAAUCUUUACACGUAGAAUAGCUCAGAUUUCACUUAUUACAUAGCAUCUACAGACAAUCAGUAAUACAGUGCUAUGAAAAAGUAUUUGCCCCCUUUCUAAUUUUCUCUACUUUUGCAUAUUUGUUAUACUGAAUGUUAUCAGAUCUUCAACCAAAACCUAAUAUUAGAUAAAGGGAACAUAAGUGAACAAAUAACACAACAAUUACAUAUUUAUUUCAUUUAUUUCAUAAACAAAGUUAUGCAACACCCAAUUCCCCUGUGUGAAAAAGUAAUUGCCCCCUUACACUCAAUAACUGGUUGUGCCACCUUUAGCUGUAAUGAUUCCAACCAAAUGCUUCCUGUAGUUGUUGAUCAGUCUCUCACGUCGCUGUGGAGGAAUUUUGGCCCACUCUUCCAUGCAGAACUGCUUUAACUCAGUGACGUGUGGGUUUUCAAGCAUGAACUGCUCGUUUGAAGUCCUGCCACAACAUCUCAAUUGGGAUUAGGUCUGGACUUUGACUAGGCCAUUCCAAAACUUCCAAUUUGUUGCUUUUUAGCAAUUUUCAUGUAGACUUGAUUGUGUGUUUUGGAUCAUUGUCUUGCUGCAUGACUCAGCUGCGCUUCAGCUUCAGCUCACAGACGGAUGGUCUGACAUUCUCCUGUAGAAUUCUCUGAUACAGAGCAGAAUUCAUGGUUCCUCCUAUUAAGGCAAGUCGUCCAGGUCCUGAGGCAGCAAAGCAUCCCCAAACCAUCACACCACCACCACCAUGCUUGACCUUUGGUAUGAUGUUCUUACUGUGGAAUGCAGUGUUUGGUUUUCGCCAGGCAUAAUGGGACCCAUCUCGUCCAAAAAGUUGACUCAAGGUUGCCCCUAAAGCACCUGGAUGAUCAUCAAGACUCUUGGAAGAACGUUCUAUGGACAGAUGAUUCAAAAGUAUAACUUUUUGGACGACAUGGUUCCAUUAAUGCCUGGCGAAAACCAAACUCUGCAUUCCACAGUAAGAACAUCAUACCAAAGGUCAAGCAUGGUGGUGGUUGUGUGAUGGUUUGGGGAUGCUUUCCUGCCUCAGGACCUGGACGACUUGCCUUAAUAGAAGGAACCAUGAAUUCUUCUCUAUAUCAGAGAAUUCUACAGGAGAAUGUCAGACCAUCCGUCUGUGAGCUGAAGCUGAAGCACAGCUGGGUCAUGCAGCAAGACAAUGAUCCAAAACACACAAUCAAGUCUACAUGAAAAUGGCUAAAAAGCAACAAAUUUGAAGUUUUGGAAUGGCCUAGUCAAAGUCCAGACCUAAUCCCAAUUGAGAUGUUGUGGCAGGACUUGAAACGAGCAGUUCAUGCUUGAAAACCCACACGUCACUGAGUUAAAGCAGUUCUGCAUGGAAGAGUGGGCCAAAAUUCCUCCACAGCGACGUGAGAGACUGAUCAACAACUACAGGAAGCAUUUGGUUGGAGUCAUUGCAGCUAAAGGUGGCACAACCAGUUAUUGAGUAUAAGGGGGCAAUUACUUUUUCACAUAGGGGAAUUGGGUGUUGCAUAACUUUGUUUAUGAAAUAAAUAUGUAAUUGUUGUUAUUUGUUCACUUAUGUUCCCUUUAUCUAAUAUUAUGUUUUGGUUGAAGAUCUGAUAACAUUCAGUAUCACAAAUAUGCAAAAGUAGAGAAAAUUAGAAAGGGGGCAAAUACUUUUUCAUAGCACUGUACACCAUAUUUGUAUUAGGUGUGUCAAUAAUAUGAGAUACCUACGCUUGUAGGACUUUGUAAACAGAGUGAUCACAUAUAUUUUAACAUAAUGAUUAUUCAUCUCUUUUAGGGCACUGACCCUUAUCCAUGGCCGAUGUUUUCAUCAUACCCUCUGCCCAAGUAUUAUAUACUGAAUCUUCCUAAGACAACCUGGGGUAAACAAGGUAAGUAUUAUAUAAUGAAUCUCCCUAAGACAACCUGGGGUAAACAGGGUAAGUAUUACCUACUGAAUCUUCCUAAGACAACCCGGGGUAAACAGGGUAAGUAUUAUAUACUGAAUCUUCCUAAGACAACCCGGGGUAAACAGGGUAAGUAUUACAUACUGAAUCUCCCAAUGACAACCCGGGGUAAACAUGGUAAGUAUUACAUACUGAAUCUCCCAAAGACAACCCGGGUAAACAGGGUAAGUAUUACAUACUGAAUCGUCCUAAGACAACCCGGGGUAAACAGGGUAAGUAUUACAUACUGAAUCUCCCAAUGACAACCCGGGGUAAACAUGGUAAAUAUUACAUACUGAAUCUCCCAAAGACAACCCGGGUAAACAGGGUAAGGAUUACAUACUGAAUCUCCCAAAGACAACCCGGGGUAAACAGGGUAAGUAUUACAUACUGAAUCUCCCAAAGACAACCCGGGGUAAACAGGAUAAGUAUUACAUACUGACUCUCCCAAAGACAACCAAGGGUAAACAGGGUAAGAGGAACAUUCUGCUUGACCAUGGUAAGUGUAUUAGAUAUGCAGCAAUACUUUUCCAAUUAGGUGAAAAAAUAGUUUGUUGUUUGAAGUGUGUAAAUGAAGGGUUUGUGUGAGCAUGUCUGUCAUUAGCUAUGGAGUUUGGGACAGGGUCUCUUGAACAAUGCUGUUUAUUCAGCUACAAGAUCUGCACCUGGUGCCAAUGAUCCUCCCCUGGUUAAUUAAUGCUUACCGUUCUUUACAGUUCUGCUUUCUGCCUGUGGUGUAAAUAUACAAUGACUGUACAAAACAUUAGGAACAGAUGAAGGGGAGAAGACAGGUUAAAUAAGGUUUUUUAAGCCUUGAGAAAAUUGAGACAUGGAUUGUGUAUGUGUGCCAUUCAGAGGGUGAAUGGCCAAGACAAAAUAUUUAAGUGCCUUUGAAAGGGGUAUGGUAGUAGGUGCCAGGCACACCAGUUUGAGUGUUUCAAGAACUGCAACGCUGCUGGGUUUUUUACGCUCAAAAGUUUCCUGUGUGUAUCAAGAAUGGUCCACCCCCAAAGGACAUCCAGCCAACUUGACACAACUGUGGGAAGCAUUUGAGUCAACCCUGUGGCACUCUUUCGACACUUUGUAGAGUCCAUGCCCUGACAAAUUGAGGCUGUUCUGAGGGAAAAGGGGGUAUUCCUAAUGUUUUGUUCACUCAGUGUAUAAGCAUAGGUUAUUCAACAGUACUCAAUACAAAUAAUGCCCUCUUAAAUCAGUAGAUGCCUUGAAAACAAGACAUUAAAGGCUCAGACACAUCUGUAGGAUUGUCAAACAUUUGCCGGCCGACAGUACUUAGCACCUCUGAACAAUGUCGGCAGGACAGGUUAUCCAUUAUAUUGACCAGAUACUCUAACAAUGAAAAUAAAUGUCUUAAAAAAUGGAAGGCAGUCGGGAAGAGGCAAGAUCAGGUGGGACCAGUCUAGCCAAUGAGAGGGCAGAUGAGUCACGUGUCCUACUUAUAUCAGGACACUCAUAACAACCUAAUCAUUAGGAAACUUCUAUUCGAUCAAAUAAGCUACACGUAGCAAAUAAGUCAUUACAUUAUUUGUUAACCAAAUUCAACACUCUCAUUGACCUCCAUACAAAAACUCCUCGCUUGGUGUGCAAAAACAAACCUGCCACCUGCUGGAGAAGAGAUUUUGGGCCCAGUUAUCCCUCUCGCUUCGCCUCUUCCUCUCUGUCUGCAGUCGAUCUCUUUUGUGUACACACAGCAAAGAUCUUGAAGUCGUCAGCCACUCAGCCUUAAAAUACGCCAAACCAGAAGGUGGCAGUAGCUUUAUGGUCUAGAUAGCCAAUGUUAGCUAGCUAGCUGCGCUAAUGUUGCUAUUGUUGUAGAAAGCCAUUGUUGAUACUGGCCAGAUGACCACAGCUAGAUAACUAGCUAGCAAGAUGACAAUUUAAUUAACUCUCCAUAAUCGCAUACAGCCCAUAGAUAAAUGUUUUGAUAGCUGGCUAACGUUAGCUAAAUGGUUAGCAUGAUUCGCUAGCUAGUUGUUGUGCUUGCUAAGUAAAGCAGCAGCCAGCUACAGGCAGCUGCUUCAUGGAAACAAAUCCAUUGUGAUUUAAUUAUAAUGUUACUAGCUACAGUGGCCAGAUAGCUAAGCUCGGAGGAAGCAUUUAGUGUUUUGUGCAUUGUGUCUGUGCACUUAGCGAUUGCCACCCCAUUCAGAGGGAGGGCAAGUCAGUGUUGGUACUAUGAUAGCUACCAUGAUCCUAUACAUUGCAUAUGAAGUGUGGCUGCGUCAUUUAGUAAGCUGCAAAUGGGUGGAUGAUGUCACCGGGAAAAGUAACCUAUUUUUUUCCUACUUGUUGGUUUCCUUUCGGCUCCCCACUCGUGCUCUCUGAUUCGCUCGGGGUAGAAAUGUCUCUCUACCUACAGUACCAGUCAAAAGUUUGGACACACCUACUCAUUAAAGGGUUGUUCUUUAUUUUUACUAUUUUCUACAUUGUAUAAUAAUAGUGAAGACAUCAAAACUAGGAAAUAACACAUAUGGAACCAAAAAAGUGUUAAACAAAUCAAAAUAUAUUUUAUAUUUGAGAUUCUUCAAAUAGCCACCCUUUGCCUUGAUGACAGCUUUGCACACUCUUGGCAUUCUCUCAACCAGCUUCACCUGGAAUGCUUUUCCAACAGUCUUGAAGGAGUUCCCACAUAUGCUGAGCACUUGUUGGCUGCUUUUCCUUUCCUCUGCGGUCCGACUCAUCCCAAACCUUCCCAAUUGGGUUGAGGUCGGGGGAUUGUAGAGGCCAGGUCAUCUGAUGCAGCACUCCAUCACUCUCCUUCUUGGUCAAAUUGCCCUUACACAGCCUGGAGGUGUGCUGGGUCAUUGUCCUGUUUAAGAACAAAUGAUACUCCCACUAAGCCCAAACCAGAUGGGAUGGUGUAUCGCUGCAGAAUGCUGUGGUAGCCAUACUGGUUAAGUGUGCCUUGAAUUCUAAAUAAAUCACAGACAGUGUCACCAGCAAAGCAACCCCACACCAUAACUCCUCCUACAUGCUUUAGGGUGGGAACUACACAUGCAGAGAUCAUCCGUUCACCCACACUGCGUCUCACAAAGACAUGGCGGUUUGAACCAAAAAUCUCAAAUUUGGACUCCAGACCAAAGGACAGAUUUCCACCAGUCUAAUGUCCAUUGCUCGUUUCUUGGCCCAAGCAGGUCUCUUCUUAUUAUUGGUGUCCUUUAGUAGUGGUUUCUUUGCAGCAAUUUGACCAUGAAGGCCUGAUUCACACAGUCUCCUCUGAACAGUUGAAGUUGAUGUUGUGUCUGUGACUUGAACUCUAUGAAGCAUUUAUUUGGGCUGCAAUUUCUGAGGCUGGUAACCCUAAUGAACUUAUCCUCUGCGGCAGAGGUAACUCUGGGUCUUCCUUUCCUGUGGCGGUCCUCAUGAGAAGCAGUUUCAUUAUAGCGCUUGAUGAUUUUUACAUCUGCACUUGAAGAAACUUUCAAAGUUCUUGAAAUGUUCCGUAUUGACUGACCUUCAUGUCUUAAAGUAAUGAUGGACUGUUGUUUCUCUUUGCUUAUUUGAGCUGUUCUUGCCAUAAUAUGGACUUGGUCUUUUACCAAAUAGGGCUAUCUUCUGUAUACCCCCCUACCUUGUCACAACACAACUGAUUGGCUCAAACGCAUUAAGAUGGAAAGAAAUUCCACAAAUUAACUUUUAAGAAGGCACACCUGUUAAUUGAAAUGCAUUCCAGGUGACUACCUCAUGAAGCUGGUUGAGAGAAUGCCAAGAGUGUGCAAAGCUGUCAUCAAGGCAAAGGGUGGCUAUUUGAAGAAUCUCAAAUAUAAAAUAUAUUUUGAUUUGUUUAACACUUUUUUGGUUACUACAUGAUUCCAUAUGUGUUAUUUCAUAGUUUGGAUGUCUUCACUAUUAUUCGACAAUGUAAAAAAUAGUAAUACUUUUGACUGGUAGUGUAUGUAUGUUGUUUAAAAGGUCAGGGUCAUGAAAAAAAAUAUGUCUCUGAUUGCAUAAUGGAGGCGAAAGACUCUCCUGAAGGUAAAUGAGAAUGUGAAUGAAUGCAUUUUGUAGUCGGAGUGAGCAAAGUGUUUUUGUUUUGUCUGUAGACUCUGAGAUAAGUACCUUCCUGGCCUCCACCAAGAACAUGGAGAAGGAUGGGAGCUGGAUGGAUACCUGCAGGAGACAGUACUGCAAAGUCAUGACCACCAAGUCCAACAUUGUCUCAGGGAACGGUGGGUAAUAUACAAUGAUGUUAUGUGUAGGGCAAUACGUUUUUCUAGACCACGUCGUCUGACCAGGAACAACUCUGGGCCAUAGAUACGAUACAGAGAUAUUCCUGGUCAGGUCACAUGGUCAGAAGGGAAAAAACCCAGACCUAGACUUCUGACCUUGAAUUGUUUAUCAAUAAAAUCCCUGAAUCAACAUUUCAAUGUUCUUGCCAUUACAUGAUAUGCUACAAUCAGUACGUUUCACACUGUAUUUGAAAACGAUAGCUCUGUUGGGUUAUAACUCAUCUUGUUUAUAUUCAAACCACAGACAGGGGACACAGUAUGUUAACAUUUGAUAGUCCAUUAAGUUCCCACAUAUAAAUGUACGAUCAAUUUGUCAGUGGACAAUCAAUUUGUCAGUGGAUGAAAUGAUAGGCCCAUAUUGAGUGUGCUGAUAGACUACUAGAUAAUGAAGAACCAAUAGCUCUCUGCAUAUAACUGCAGUGUAUCAAUGACCACUUUGAACAGGUAAACUAUCUUUAGUUACAGUAAAUAACUAAAGAUAGUUAAGAUUACUAUUUUACCCACAUAAGAUUUUCAUUUACUGUACUUGUAAUUUACGAUACUUGUAAAUUACUGUUACGGUCUCUGAGGGUGUUCAUGUCAUUUAUCGGUCGCUAUUCAUCGAAACCGUCAUGAUUCAUUGUGUGUUCAAUUGCUUCCUCUGAAUGUCAAUCUAAAAGAGUUCCAUUCUAAAUUAUUGCUUGUGAAGGGAUCGCGGAGUGCAGAGUAAGAGACUUCAUGAUUUCUUAUUUAAUUCAGAGACAAAGAAGUGCCCAGGAGGAGGGCCUUUGAUGUAUCUUAAAUUAUAAAAAUUGUCUACACAGAGCUUCCUUUCUUCGUAUAUUAGAUAAACAAGAUGCUUGAUUACCUUCCUAUUUUCCCUGCUGUGUGUACAGUAAAAGCAGCUCAAUUUGUACUUGCCUGAUGUAUCAUUGAAGAGAAAUGGCUUUUCAAAGGCCUCUGUGAUGUUCCUAAAAACCCACUAUGUGUUUCCUGUCUCCGCCCCAGUCCUGGCUGAUCUACUGGAGAAGGCUGUGUUGCACCUCUCUUCUUCGCCGUCAGAGCGUUUCUUCCCACCUGCAGACUACAUAGGUGAGUGAGUGAGUGAGUGAGUGAGUGAGUGAGUGAGUGAGUGAGUGAGUGAGUGAGUGAGACUUUCUGCCAUUGGACGUGUCUGUGGAACAUAGAGGAAAGACAGGCCUGGGAGGAACAUGCCUUAGCCCUAUGACAACGACACACGCUUCCUUCCAUACCAUGUCAGAAACCUAUCUCCCUCUGACCUUUACAUUUAAUUGAUAUGGAAAGGCGUGUGUCGUGCGCCAGGCCCUUUUAGCUUAUAAAGGAAUGACAAUGGAGAUAUUACCCCGACAGGCACUCCCAGUCUCCCACCCAAAGUGCCUUACUGAAAUGUCGGUAGUCCUCCCAGCAAAAAUAAUUGUUUGAAAAUACACUACAUGCACAUUUUUCAUUCAUUAUGCAUAACUGUUUUUGCAUUCAUCUUGCUUUUUUUGUGGAUUUUGGCUUGAAGCUUUCCUAGUGGUGACACAUUUAGCAAUCAAAAGUAAAGAGAAAAUGAUAAAACGCUGCCAUUGCUGUCACUUUCACAGCUUUGUUAUCUAUAAUUAACUGUUUUAAUUAGUGAUGAGUCUCUCAUCCAUGUGGACAUCUAAUGUCAGGACAAAUCAGCAUCCAUCCGCCACUCAUAUAGAAUGGAACGUUUUAAAUCCAACUCAAAUAUGGGUUUUUCAUUUGUGUUAUUAUCAUUUUCCAUGUAUUAUUUAUCUCAUACAAAGUGCUCAUGACAUCUGGCUCUUUGUCCAGAAGUCCAAAGGCAGGUUACUUACUGUUCAGUGAAGCCAGUUGAGGCAUCACUCAAGAAAACUCUUAGUAAGCACAUUCUCUCCAUCUCAUCACUAGUUAUUUAACUAACUUUCCCUUGAAGCUCAAAGGAUCCUCAGUGUUCUUUUAGCCUUAUUAUGCUAUCAACACACAUCAACGUUUUCAGGGUCCAAUGAGACCUCACUGCCCAUUAUUUAUUAAUGGGAGCUAGCUAUUAACUUUAGACCAGUCAAUGAAGCAUUGGUGUUGAUUUGAAAUCUUUCUUUUCAUGUUUUCUUGGAGCUUAGUUUUUGGGUUUCCUCAAACUUAGACAACUAGGCUAAUAGCGUACCUUUAUAACCUUUUGAGACCCCUUCCCUUAUGUAUGUUCCCUUAUGUGUUCCUGUAGAAUUCUGUUAAUAAAUGUCUAAUAAUAUAUGGUUGACUUGGUAACAUACUGCUGUGCAGAGGUGCAAACUAUCACAGAUUACAAAGGGAAACCCAGCCGAGAGCUGCCCAGUGAUGCGAGCAUACCAGACGAGCUAAAUUCCUUCUAUGCUCACUUCGAGGCAAGCAACACUGAACCAUGCGUGAGCGCACCAGCUGUCCCGGACGACUGUAUGAUCACGCUCUCCGUAGCCGAUGUGAGAGAACUUUAAGACCUUUAAACAGGUUAACAUUCACAAGGCCGCAGGCCCAGACUGAUUACCAGGAUCAGUACUCAAAGCAUGCGCUGACCAGCCGGCAAGUGUCUUCACUGACAUUUUCUCUCUGACCCAGUCUCUAAUACCAACAUGUUUCAAGCAAACCACCAUAGUCCCUGUGCCUAAGAACGCGAAGGUAACCUGUCUAAAUGACUACCGCCUCAUAGCACUCACAUCUGUAGCAAUGAAAUGCUUUGAUAGGCUGGUCAUGGCUCAUAUCAACACCAUCAUUCCAGAAACCCUAGGACCCACUCCAAUUCGUAUACUGUCCCAACAGAUUCACAGAUGACGCAAUCUCUAUUGCACUCCACACUGCCCUUUCCCAUCUGGACAAAAGGAACACCUACGUGAGAAUGCUGUUCAUUGACUACAGCUCGGCGUUCAACACCAUAGUACCCUCCAAGCUCAUCACUAAGCUAAGAACCAUGGGACUGAACACCUCCUUCUGCAACUGGAUCCUGGACUUCCUGACGGGUUGCCCCCAGGUGGUGAGGGUAGGCAACAACACAUCUGCCACGCUGACCCUCAACACGGGGGAACCCUCAUGGGUGCGUGCUCAGUCCCCUCCUGUACUCCCUGUUCACCCAUGACUGCAUGGCCGUGCACGACUCCCAACACCAUCAUUAAGUUUGCCGACAACGCAACGGUCGUAGGCCUGAUCACCAACGACAAUGAGACAGCCUAUAGGGAGGAGGUCAGAAACCUGGCAGUGUAGUGCCAGGACAACAACCUCUCCCGCAACGUCAGCAAGACAAAGGAGCUUAUCGUGGACUACAGGAAACGGAGGGCCGAAUACGCCCCCAUUCUCAUCGACAGGGCUGUAGUAGAGCGGGUCGAGAGCUUCAAGUUCCUCUGUGUCCACAUCACUAAGGACCUAUCAUGGUCCAAACACACCAACACAUUCAUUAAGAGGGCAUGACAUCGCCUCUUCCCCCCCCUCAGGAGGCUGAGAAGAUUUGGCAUGGGCCCACAUAAGUUCUACAGCUGCACCACUGAGAGCAUCUUGACUGCAACUGCUUGGCAUCCGACCGCAAGGCGCUACAGAGGGUAGUGAGUACGGCCCAGUACAUCACUGGGGCCGAACUCCCUGCCAUCCAGGACCUCUAUACCAGGCGGUGUCAAAGCGCCAAGUCUGUGACCAAAAGGCCCCUUUUAUUACUUAUUUAUUUAUCUUAAUUGUUUUGCACUGACUCCCUUGCACACUCACUAAACUCUACCCACACACUCACACACACAAAACACACACACAUGCAUAUUGAAGCCAUACACACACACUCACAGACACACUUCCACACACGCUGCUGCUACUCUGUUUAUUAUAUAUCCUGAUUGCCUAGUCACUUGUACCCCUACCCACAUGUACAUACUGUAUUACCUCAACUACCUCGUACCCCUGCACAUUAACUCGGUACUGGUACUCCUUGUAUAUAGCCUUGUUAUUGUUUUUAUUGUGUUACUAUUUCCUUUUUUAUUUAGCAAAUAUGUGUCUUAAUUAACUCUGCACUGUUAAUUAAGCAUUUCACUGUGAAGUCUACACCUGUUGUAUUCGGCACGUGACCAAUAAAAUUACAUUUGUAUUUAAUUUUAUGUAUUCUUUCUCCGCUUCGCUUGCUUAUCUCAAACAAACACUGGAGUCUCUUUGUGGGCUGUAGCUCACAAUGAACGGUGAAUCGUAGAAAAGGUCUAAAGAAACUUGGAAAAGUCAAGAAAACCAUUUCUCUCUCACACUCCCAUGCCCUGUUUUGUCCUUUCCUCCGUGAAGUUAUUCCUUUCACCAAAUGGCCAAUCAGGGGAGCAGCUGUCAUAUCCUGUGCGGUUUAGCUCUCUUCCCCUCUCCUGUCAUGGCUUGUGAUUGACAUUAACAACAGGCUCACAGAUUUGCUCAAGUCGAGGGGCUGCCAUUAUGUGGUGGAGAGUCAUUUUCUGGAGUUCCUUCACCUCACUCCCAGGCAAUGGAAGAUGGGAGAGAGAAGCCAUUCAUCUCCAUUAGAUAGUAAUUUCAAUCAGUGAGUGGCACUGAUAUCAAUAAGUAGGGAAGAGUAGUUUCCAUAGAGCUGCAGGUGUCAGUCUGGGUUUACUUCACUCUCAUCAAGGUAAUUUUCUCAAUUAAAGCAUGCAUUGGUUUCUAUGAUGAAUACAAAAUACUCGUCUGAUCGUCUCUGUGAUGUAUCACUUGAUGCGAGAUUAGGGUUUGUGUCAUGCCGCAGUCAUUGAACUGAAAUGUUUAUUGAUGCCUGGGGAAUGCGAGUGAGUAAACCCCUGGUAAUUUCCAGUUCCUUUAUUGCGUGUUUUAUAGCGUCGGAGAGCGGCGUAAAGACUGGCAGCCUGUCGUAUGUGGACCAGCUGGGGAUUCAGGCCUCUCUCAGGUAACGCCGUCUGCAUCCUCAAAGUCUGAACCUCCCAGCUUUGUUCCAAUCCCCCCAGUAAGCACCAGCCAUUUUCUCAGAGAGGGUAGGUACUCAACGGCCAAUAAAGAUAAAAAAAAACGAUUAUUACAGAAUUAUAUGGUGAUCAGCGGUAUUGCAGAGACAUUCUAGAACAAUAUGUAAACUUUCUAUGAACUCAAAUAAGAUAUUGCAUACUCUUUGUGCAAUAUGCUAAUGAAGAGAUGAGCAUUAAGACAAGGCUCAUUUAUACUAAUUAUUUCCUUCUAUUAACCCUAAUUGUUCUGAUUGCACACCACAUAAUUUGUUAAAUAGAUGAGUCAAAGUGUGAUCUACAGUAGAAUCCUGAAUGUUUGAAUUUGCGUCUGUUUGUUUGUAGGUAUGGGAGAUAUCUUAAGUUACUGAGGGAUGACUCUGAGCAGGACCUCUGUCUUUUGAUGAAGCAUUGCCAAGAGCUCCUCUCUCAACAGAGAGCCAAACUCACGUCGGAGCUUUGUAUCCUUAUCAGCUAUGUUCGACUAUUCCAGAGUCAGUAAAGUGAUAUCUAUUAUUUUCUCUCAGAGGAAGAAGAGAUAUUUUACACCUGCCUAAGAAAAAAAGACAUGCGUUGCUUUUUUCAAGGAUGCAACAUGAACACUCGAGGCUUUCAGAAACAUUUUCCUCAAUAGAAUGAUACUUGAAGUUCUGCUGAGAUUCCUCUCUUUAUUCCCUGAUAAGAGCCUCUCAUGACUAUGCUCUGUUUUAAAUUCAGAUUCAUACGUCUAUGUUUAUCAUCAUGACUGGUCGCGUCCACUCCCCUACAGUAUGUGUCUGUCAAUCACAUUGCGUCCCGCCUCGGGCCCCUCAAUCUUUAACCCCUCUCUCCUGCCUGCUGAGACUGACCUGUGGUGCGCUAGGUAAGAUGCUGUGGUUGUUAUAGUGGCCCUGACAUUACCCCUGGUCUGGCUGUUCUGCUGGGGGGCCAUGGUGAUGUCCAGUCAGACAAGCCCAAAUGUUGCACUCUGUCAGAGCCUCUCCUUGACUCCCCUCCACCAGACACUCUGCAGGGAGCCUACCCUGGCCACGACUGGUUCGCCUCCACCGUGUUCCUCAUCAUGGCUGGAGACAUGGAGAGAGCCCUCCGCCUUCUCCUCCACCUCUCCACCCUGCUCACAUCAGCCUUCCUCUGGCCCGCCAGGCUCCACGGAUCGGUGAGUCCAGCAGCCCACCCUUCGCUCUCCCGGGAAGGGACUGAAUACCAAGCUGCCUCCAGUCUGAUGGAUAGAGCGUAGCUGUUUUUCCUUUUCUCCCCCUGCUCUCUCCCUCUGUUUCUCCCUGCCUUCUAUUUGCAUGCAGCUUUGGAAGUAAUCAAUGAAGAGGACGGUUAAAGUAUGAAAGGAGAUAAACACUUCUUUCAUUUGGUGGGUGUGUGUAAUGAAUCCUGCUGCAAUUGGAUUCUUAUGAAAUACUGUCAUUUGUAUGGCCAUACAUUGAAAAGAUUAGUAGCAUUUUAAUGCUAAAUAUUCUCACCUAAUUUAUGCACCACAAGCCAAAUCAUACACGUUUUGAGUUAUGUUUUCGUUUGUAUCUGUGUAGACUAGGGAUUCAUAAUACUGCAUGUUUUCUUGAUGGAAAUGGUGAAUAUGAUAAGAUUAUGGUGGAAUAGUCAUUAUCAUUGUCCCCAUUUACAUUUGGAAGCAGCAAUCUCUGGCUGCUGAUGACGGUGAAUACCCAGCCGUUAAUAGAGUUUCAGCAGUAAGAAUAUGCCUUGGAAAUGGUGGAAGAGUUUGUACAACUGAUUACAAUUCUUCAUGGCUCUGCCAUCCGAGCAGCAGUGCAUGCAAAUCAGGAUGUUGCCAGGCAGAUGGUAGUAAGCACACCAUGUCGCAGAUGAGGGAGAAUUACUAAACAGCGGUAGGUACAAUCCUCUGUAAAUUUGAUGCGGUCGAUGCUGUCAAUACCUAGGAGAACAGAGGGACAAGUAAUUAAGUGAUAGUAGCAAAUUUAUACAGUGUACCCAGGGAAACACAUACACGCACGCACACACACUGCAUUCUCUGAAAGCAUUGGGCUCUGACAAUUCUGUUGUUUUAAGGAAAUUGAGGAGUGAAAAUCAGACCAAUCGGCUGUCUGCUGUCGGUUUGUGUGGCAUUUGACGUUCACAUUUGGCAAGUUUAGCUAUUAUCCUACAGAUCUUGGUUUUUGUAGUUAUUUCUAUGCUUUGUAAAUCUGAACUUUUCUUCACCUUUUAGGUUCACCUCCCCAUGGAGAUUGCUCAGUCUAGCAUCCAUCCAGUCUACUCAUGCACAACACACUAUGUAGAGAUGCUACUGAAGACUGAAGUGCCUCUGGUCUUCUCUGCCUUCAGGAUGUCCGGUUUUACCCCCUCCCAGGUACAAUAUCACCCUCUGUCCUUUCACUUUUCCUCUCAUCAGGAUCGUAUUAUAAUCAAAUUGACACCCUAGGGGCCAUUUUGACCUUGCUUAUGACCAUUAAAAUGGGAUAGAAAUGAGUUUUCAUGAAACAGCAUAAUACGUUUUCCUCAAGGUGACAGUAGUACUUAUUCUCCAUGUAAAAGUUCAGAACUGAGGCUGCAGAAUCCCUCUGUUGUUCAGCUUGCCACAGUUGAUUCCCUUGACGUAAACUUUCAUCCUCAAACAAAAAGUUCACCUUGAAAAUCUUGCUUUUGAUCUCAUCUCCUUUUGGCUCAGUGUUUCAGGCGGACUGUCAUCUCAGAUGUAAUAUGUGUCAACAGGGAGUAUAAGCCAAAGAGUCUCUCACAAUAAAAAAGUUUAUAAUAUAGCUUUUAAGUCAAAGUCAUUGGGUGCAAACUAUUGAAUGCACUUCCUCCCAGUUUCCCAAUCACAGCUCUAUAUAUAAAUAGAGGUAUAUUUCCCAGCCAUCUUGUGGCAGUAUUUAGGGAAUUGUUCGCACCCAGUCUCGUAGAAUCGGAGGUCAAUCCCGCUGAAGGGGCGCCAUCAUGCCCGGACAACUGCAAGAAGGCUUCAGCUGCGUCGUAACGAAUCGGUUUGACCAGCUAUUGAACGAUGAAUCAGAUCCGUUCGAGGUGUUAAAGGCGGCGGAGAACAAGAAGAAAGAGACGGCUGCAGCUGGUAUCACCAAGUCAGCAGCCCAAGCUGCCAAGCAGCCCAAGAAAGAGUCACAGAAGGACAGGAAGAAUCCGCUCCUUGACAAGAAAGAUGAAACUCAGGCUCCAGUACCUCUGAAGAAAGAAGUUAUCAGGCGGGUGGGCCGGAGGCCGGACCAGCAGGGCCAGCCUGGCACCUAGGGCGGGCAGGGGGAAGAGCGGCCCACCGGCAACAGGAGGCCGGACAACAGGAGACCCCCACGCGAGCACCGCUUCGACAAACCCCUCGAGGACAAACCCGAUGGCGGAGAGAGAUGAGAGUUCUCUGCAGACAAGCCUCUAGGAGACCGGCCCCCCAGAGGGCGUGGUGGCACCCGUGGUGGGCGUGGGGGACGGGCAUGGGCUGGGGCGACGGCUUCGACUCCCGCGGCAAACGAGACUUCGACAGACACAGUGGCGGCGACAAACCUCAGAAAUCUGAGGAGAAGCGCGGCGGGAGUGGCACUCACAACCGGGGGAACCCCAAGGAUGAAAUGAGUGGUGAUGCUGAACAGACUACUGCCCCUGAGGAAACCCCUGAGGGAGAGGAACACCCUCCUGCUGACUCUGAGAAUAAGGAGAACGAAGUAGAGGAACCUAAGGAGGAGGGCCCCAAGGAGAUGACCCUGGACGAAUGGAAGGCCAUGCAGGACAAGGAACGUGCCAAGGUGGAGUUCAACAUCCGCAAUCCCAAUGAGGGCGCCGACAGCAAGUGGAACAAGGGCUACGUGCUGCACAAGUCCAAGAGUGAAGAUGUCAGCGACGAAAAGCCUAAAGACAGACCAGCUGUGAUUGAAGCAGACAUGACCCCCCUGUUCAAGGGAAACCCUGAUGAAAUCGGCCCGGACCACCACUUCCGCAAGCCCGCCAAUGACAUCACGGCCCAGCUGGAGAUCAACUUUGGAGACCUGGGCCGCCCUGGGCGUAGGCGCGGGGGAGCCCGUGGAGGAAUGGGAGGCCGCGGUGGAGGAGGAGGCCGAUCCGACCGUCCGGCUCGUGCCGGGGGAGUUCGACCCGAAAAGCCGGGUGGAUUGUCCGACAAAAAGAAGACAGUCAUCCAUACCAUUCACACCUGAGGACUGAUAAAAAGACCAAAAAAAAGAGGAAAAAUGACUUCUCUUGUUACACUGAAGCAAGUUAUUGGUAGAAGUUUUGUAUUUAGAGACAUGAUAGCAGGGAUGUUUUCAUACAUUAUUUGUUUUUUUUCAGAGAAUAUGCGUAUAUACUUCAUGGAUAUUUUUUUGUAUUGCUGCUCGGAUAUAUGCAUUUCCAAGAUAGAGGUUGAAGAGUGUGUGCGUGUGUGUCUAUUUCCCCCGCGAGUCUUUGGCUGGCUUUCCUCAUGACUUUACCUGAAUAUUUUGGGGUAAUCUUAGACAAGCUUUUAUUUUGAAGGGGUGACUUUUAAGUCAUGCAUUACUCAGAUGUUAAACGUACAAUACAUUUUAGUACCUUUGUACUAAAUCUAUGAACUGUGUUUUUAAAAGUCUAGUGACUCCUUAAGCUUAAUAUGUUUCUGCUUGUCAUGCAGUGAAAGUUGAUGCCUCCAGUUUCCUUUUUGGUUUCCUUUUAUUUUCCUAUUGAUAGCUUGGCUCUUGUUUUUCUGGUGGACCAGUGGUUGGUGUGCUUUAUCCCUGAUCCAGAUGUUACUACUUGUGUCUUUAGGGCAGCCAUGGCCCAAAUUUGUUUCUAGGCUGGUCCUUGUAGGUCGUACAGGCUAUACUAUUAGAAACCUUAGGACCACUAUGCGAAUAUAUUGUAUUUUUGUGUGUGUGUGUGUGUGUGUGUGUGUGUGUGUGUGUGUGUGUGUGUGUGUGUGUGUGUGUGUGUGUGUGUGUGUGUGUGUGUGUGUGUGUGUGUGUGUGUGUGUGUGUGUGUGUGUGUGGUGUGUGUGAGUGAUUGGGUUGAGUGUGAAUGUGAACAAUAGUUACUUAAACACUUGAAGUACUCCCCUGCCACGAACUUGACAUUCUCCAGGAACUUGACCACAAGUUCAAAGCAGCUCAGUUUGGCCUGAAGUAGUUUUUAUUUCUGAGAACAUAGUUGUUUCUAUCUAGGUAAGAUAGUGGACUGUGGACAUAUCUUGCACUUGGAGUAUUUGAUAAAUGUAGUAUUCGUAGUCCUAGCUUUUAGAGUUUGGAAAGAACAUGUUCCUAUCAGCACCAGAACUCUGAAGUGAAGCGUGUUAGUUUCUUCCCCUCUUGUGAUCAUCUUUGCUGUUUUUUAAUUAUUAUUUUGUUAUUACUACAGCCGCACUACUGCAUAAUUUGUCUGAAAGAAGUGGGCCGUUCAAUGUGGAGCAAUCGAGUGCUACAGAAUGUAUGACUGCUAAUCGUGCUUAUAGUCAUCUGUGUCUUGCAAGGUUUUAUUGCCCCGUGUAGCUCAGUUGGUAGAGCAUGGCGUUUGCAACGCCAGGGGUUGUGGGUUCGAUUCCCACAGUGGGCCAGUAUGAAAAAUGUAUGCACUCACGAACUGUAAGUCGCUCUGGAUAAGAGUGUCUGCUAAAUGACUAAAAUGUAAAAUGUAAAUAAAUCCAGUAUAUUCUUUGCCAUAAAUGAAAAUAUGCCCUAAUAAAUUACGUUUUGAAAACAUGACAAAUCAGGAAUCACGUAAUGAAUCUGACCUUCAGAUGAGGUCACCUUCAUCAGGAAUGGCAAGAUAUUAUUGUGCACCUGGGUGCCUCGUUAAAAUUCCAGCUGCAGCUAUGCCACAUCCUUUGGAGUUGCUAGGAAGAAUAUUCAGAGAACAUAAACAUAUAGAGUAAAUUGCAGUGUGGAGUGGGUGGGCAGAGGUGGAGGGCCUAGCAGAACAGGCUGGGACUUGAGUUAGUUCUGUCUGACUGAAUAGUUCAAGUUGAAUGUCACUUCUUUCCCUUCAAAAUACUGUCAUUGAAAAUACCUUGAGAAGACAAUGCAUUCUCAACAUGAUCUUGGAGGCCCAGUUAAAAAGAACUGUAAAGGGUGUCCAGUGUACUGGUGAUUCUAACAAGAAAACAAAUUAGGAUUUGUCAUUGUUUUUAUUGGUGCAUUACAUGAGCUUGAUAGUAAUCCAUUAUGCAUUGGAAAUAGCUAUUGUCAUCUGCGUGUUUCAGUAUCCUAGGUAGAGUAUUAAGUCAGUUAAUUAUGGUUAGAGUCAGAAUGUCCAGUUAUUUUUCAUGUAACCCCAGUAGGUAAAGCACAUGGUAGACUUACAACCACUCUGCAUGCUCCACAAAGCUACUGCAUCAAAGCCUUAAUACUAUUUUCUCUAAGUCAUUAGAUUAAAAAAAUGCAUAACCCUUUAUUUUCAUCACUUCAACCAUGUCAUUUUCUGGUUUACAUUCUUUAUAUCAUUUAUUAAAUGUGUGGGCGGGUGUUUCUCCAGAUGUGUGUGCAGUGGCUGGGCCAGUGUUUCUGGAACUACCUGGACUGGCCUGAGAUCUGCCACUACGUGUCUACCUGCGUGGUGAUGGGGCCGGACUACCAGGUGUACAUGUGUGUGGCUGUGCUGAAACACCUGCAUCAGGACAUCCUGCAGCACACGCAGACCCAGGACCUGCAGGUCUUCCUCAAGGUGAGUUUGUCUACCUGGGGUUAGUGAAUCUGUCUUCAGCAGAUAACAGCAGUCCCCGCUCCAUCAACAGACAGUCGUUUGAAUAAAAGAUCAUGUUAUGGCUGUCUCUGGAGAUAUUCUUGUGAUGAAUUGUAGCAUGGAUUUUUUCGCAAAUACAGCUUGACAGAAAGACGCUUAAGCAGUCUCUUCAUUGUCCUCGGUUCAACUUGGAAAGUUUGAAACAUGCUACCUUGUAAAUGCUCAUUGAGGUUCACACUUUGAACAAUAGGAGAACGGUUUUAGGCAGACUUCGGAUGGGUUUGUUAGGUUUUGUACAUAUCUUCGCCUGCUGAGUAUAUCUAUAUUUCAUCUAAAUAAAACAUUGAAAUGGAAAUGACUUGUUACAAUUGUUCUUGAUAUCAGUCUGCAGCUUGAUGCGGUGGAAGACACAAAGUGAAAAAGCAUUGUCAGUGACUCAGAUGUGGCAUGAAAAAUUGAAAAUAAAGCCUUUCUUUGUUCAUCAAAAUUCUAAAGAAAUUGCCUGUCAUUACACAAUGCUGCCAUAGGUUCUCAGCCAACAUGACUUGGCUUUUUCAAAGAACUGCUCCGAAACAUUUUCUGAAGUGCCUUCCAACAUGUCCACUUCUGCCCCCACUUACUUCUCUCUCACAGUAAGAGUAAGAGCUAGGCUGCAGUACAGUUUUGGUACCUUACUUGCUGUAUGAAUUCUUAUCGGUUCACUCUUCACUAUUUCCACGUUUGACGGUGUUUAAAUCAAAUCAAAUCAAAUUGUAUUUGUCACGUGCCGAAUUCAACCGUUGUAGACCUUACAGUGAAAUGCUUACUUACAGUGAGGGGAAAAAAGUAUUUGAUCCCCUGCUGAUUUUGUACGUUUGCCCACUGACAAAGAAAUGAUCAGUCUAUAAUUUUAAUGGUAGGUUUAUUUGAACAGUGAGAGACAGAAUAACAACAACAAAAUCCAGAAAAACGCAUGUCAAAAAUGUUAUAAAUUGAUUUGCAUUUUAAUGAGGGAAAUAAGUAUUUGACCCCCUCUCAAUCAGAAAGAUUUCUGGCUCUCCGGUGUCUUUUAUACAGGUAACGAGCUGAGAUUAGGAGCACACUCUUAAAGGGAGUGCUCCUAAUCUCAGUUUGUUACCUGUAUAAAAGACACCUGUCCACAGAAACAAUCAAUCAAUCAGAUUCCAAACUCUCCACCAUGGCCAGAGAACCAAAGAGCUCUCCAAGGAUGUCAGGGACAAGAUUGUAGACCUACACAAGGCUGGAAUGGGCUACAAGACCAUCGCCAAGCAGCUUAGUGAGAAGGUGACAACAGUUGGUGCGAUUAUUCGCAAAUGGAAGAAACACAAAAGAACUGUCAAUCUCCCUCGGCCUGGGGCUCCAUGCAAGAUCUCACCUCGUGGAGUUGCAAUGAUCAUGAGAAUGGUGAGGAAUCAGCCCAGAACUACACGGGAGGAUCUUGUCAAUGAUCUCAAGGCAGCUGGGACCAUAGUCACCAAGAAAACAAUUGGUAACACACUACGCCGUGAAGGACUGAAAUCCUGCAGCGCCCGCAAGGUCCCCCUGCUCAAGAAAGCACAUAUACAUGCCCGUCUGAAGUUUGCCAAUGAACAUCUGAAUGAUUCAGAGGAGAACUGGGUGAAAGUGUUGUGGUCAGAUGAGACCAAAAUGGAGCUCUUUGGCAUCAACUCAACUCGCCGUGUUUGGAGGAGGAGGAAUGCUGCCUAUGACCCCAAGAACACCAUCCCCACCGUCAAACAUGGAGGUGGAAACAUUAUGCUUUGGGGGUGUUUUUCUGCUAAGGGGACAGGACAACUUCACCGCAUCAAAGGGACGAUGGACGGGGCCAUGUACCGUCAAAUCUUGGGUGAGAACCUCCUUCCCUCAGCCAGGGCAUUGAAAAUGGGUUGUGGAUGGGUAUUCCAGCAUGGCAAUGACCCAAAACACACGGCCAAGGCAACAAAGGAGUGGCUCAAGAAGAAGCACAUUAAGGUCCUGGAGUGGCCUAGCCAGUCUCCAGACCUUAAUCCCAUAGAAAAUAUGUGGAGGGAGCUGAAGGUUCGAGUUGCCAAACGUCAGCCUCGAAACCUUAAUGACUUGGAGAAGAUCUGCAAAGAGGAGUGGGACAAAAUCCCUCCUGAGAUGUGUGCAAACCUGGUGGCCAACUACAAGAAACGUCUGACCUCUGUGAUUGCCAACAAGGGUUUUGCCACCAAGUACUAAGUCAUGUUUUGCAGAGGGGUCAAAUACUUAUUUCCCUCAUUUAAAUGCAAAUCAAUUUAUAACAUUUUUUACAUGCGUUUUUCUGGAUUUUUUUGUUGUUAUUCUGUCUCUCACUGUUCAAAUAAACCUACCAUUAAAAUGAUAGACUGAUCAUGUCUUUGUCAGUGGGCAAACGUACAAAAUCAGCAGGGGAUCAACUACUUUUUUCCCUCACUGUACAAACCCUUAACCAACAAUGCAAAAUAAGUGUUAAGUAAAAAAUAGAUGUUAAAAAAUGAAAAUAAUUAAAGAGCAGCAGUAAAAUAAAAUAACAGUAGGGAGGCAGGGUACCAGUACAGAGUCAAUGUGCGGGUGGUAAGUGAUAAAGGGAAAUUGCAUUAGUCAUUUUGAUGGAUUUUCAAACAAAGAUUGCCAUUAUCAACUACAGAGAAAGAAACAGGAAGAAAUGUCACUCCAUUAAGUAGGAUGUUCUUCAUGCUAAUCUCACAUUUGUCAUGAUGGAACUCUCAUGUUUUGACGGGGUGAUUUAAGUGAAUGUGCUCCCGAACAUAGAUAACAGGUCUGCCUUAUAUCUGGCAAUGUACUCAAACACACAGACCUUGUACCUGUACCUCUCUACAUCAUUUAAAGCAUGAAUAUAAGGAUGUGAAAUUAGCUUUGCAAUUGUUUGCUCAGGGUUGUUCUGUGUCAUUGGCUUUUGGGGCUAUAUUGUAAAAAUUCAGGAAAAUAGAAUUAGCUUUUUGAUCAUAAUUUAAGGUUAGGCAUUAGGGUUAGCAGUGUGGUUAAGGUUAGGUUUAAAAUCAGAUUUUAUGACUUUCUGGCUGUGCUAGCUAGUGACCCCUGCAGAGCUGCCUCCAGGGCAAGAUUCAUGACAAUAAAUGCCAACCUGCCCUUUGGGUGCUGUGUUCUGUAGGUAGCAAACAGAAUACACUUGCACUGCACACAUCGAGUUUCCAGGGAACCCAUCAAAGUUUAUUUGCUCUGUUUUUCAUUUUCAUUGUCUGUGAACUUGAGAAUCAACAUAAAUGACGUAUCACUCCGAGAGUAAUUAUAACACUUUAAAUUAAGUUGCUGACAGUACAAAUUACCUAAUUAAAUGUUAUUUUGUCCCUAGCAUUUUGGCCACGAUCCAAUUGGGGUUGUUAAGUUGUAAUUAGGCCAUACACAUACUGGCUGCACUAUUACAGGUUGUUAAAGUCCAUGUUGUUGUUGGUUGUAUAUUGCUAUGCCACCCCCUUUAACACACACACACACACACACACACACACACACACACACACACACACACACACACACACACACACACACACACACACACAGCCCAUAAAGGACUGGGCUAGGAGCCUAACCAGAGUUGUUGUGUUCUCUUCUCUCCCCUUGGUUCCCAUCAGGAGGAGCCCAUCCAAGGCUUCAGAGUGAGUAAUUACCUGGAGUACAUGGAGGGUCUGGAGCGCAGUUACAGAACAAUGGUACUGACAGACAUGAAGAAUAUCUCCCAGAGAAUCAGCUAGCAGUGCUAAGACACACAAUAGCCUCCACUCACCAGGCUGCACUGGGACUGGGACUGGUUAUAACAAGGUAAAGGCUUCUCAUGAUGGGAUUAACCAGCGUGUGUACCUGGGGAGUCUCAUACUACCUGUUGUAUGGAUUGAGGAAACAUUUGAUAUAGUGUAUGCUCUCUGUAAAUGUUAUUUUGUUAUCUCUAAGGUCUGUUAAUAUUCCUCGCCACAUUUAAAGAUGGCAUAUAAUGUAUGACAUAUUAUUUAACAGAUAGGGAUAAUGUUAUGAAAUACAUGGUAAUGAACUUCUUGCUUGAUGUACUGUCUUGUCUAUUUACGUCUUCAUGGAUCUUCUUGAAAUGUUAUGAUCAUUCUCUAUAUUAAUCCAACCUUAAGGGCAUAUGAUAUUUACCUGUAAACCUACUGACCUCUAUUAUCCGAUAUAACCACUACUAAUACCUCCACUAGACAAUAUGAUGACUGUUUGGUCACGCCUUUUCAUUAUAAUUCUACUCGUCAAUGCAUUACAGAUCCUAAGGUCUUAACCGUAAUGGGAGGUAUACGGUCUGUAUACGUGCCGCCAGUGUAGCUUACCAAGUGGCUCUAUGUUAUGGGUCCAAUCUCCUCAUAGAGAGGCUUAAUGAUGACCAUUGAGAGGCAACGUGUUGUUGUGACAAGGCUUAGUAAACAGCCCCUCUCUCUUUUUCAGCUGAACCAUCUGAUACGAACACCACUGAAUAAUGAAUGAGAUCAUUAAAGCCUUUGGUUUCUCCAACACAACUGUUAAAUAUUAUAUACUGUUGACCAUCUACAUAGGGCAAAGGUCGAUAGAAAUCAGUACCACAAAAUGUUUACCCGAUAAGCACUUGACGUGACGUUUAAAAGUAGUUAGACUUUUUAUCUUUGAUCUCCAUGUAUUAAAUAAAAUUGAGCCUCC